UGUUGCCACAGUUGCUUUGGAAUUUAGCAGUGAAAAAGCCCCAGAAACCACCCACCAUGGAUCUCAAAGUGCUGGCGGUGAUAACCCUGCUGACGGCGGUUAUGUACACUCAUGUGUCACAUGCCAAACCCAUCAGCCUGGUGGAGAGGUGCUGGUGCCGCACGACCCACAACACCGUCCCCCAGCGCAGCAUCCGGGAGCUCAAGUUCCUGCAGACCCCCAACUGCCCAUUCCAAGUCAUUGCCAAGCUGAAGAACAACAAAGAGGUCUGCAUUAACCCAGAGACCAAAUGGCUGCAGCAAUAUCUCAAGAAUGCUCUUAACAAGUAAGGAGAAACCCUUCCUGACAAAGUGAGAAAAAACAAAAGACGGCCUAAUUAAGGACCCGGCCCUGGCGGGACCGCCCGACCGACUCACUCCCAGCCUGCUCUGCAGAACAGUACCACAGCCCUUCCCUUCCGCGGGACGCUUGCGCCACCAGCACUUAAAAUGGCGAACAUGCUUCUCCGGCAUGGCACCAGUCAACGGCUCACCCCCUGCCCACACACCGACGCGGACACUUUCUCUUUGUAAAGCGUGACAUGCAGUUAUAUAUGUGUGAGCGCGAGUCUGUGUGCACCUGUGAGUACGUACCUGUAUGUGUGUGUCUGUACAUUUGAAGUGUAUGAAUUUUUUUGUACUAAAAAGCAGUAAAAUGGACAUUCGGAGUUUUGUGCACCGCAUUCCGUCCUACCGAGCUGAAGGGGGUGGGGGCUGGGGGGGGGUUCUCGGCUCAAAUAAGUGUGUCAGCUUAAUGACACGUCAUGGCGCAGACACACCUACCCACGAGGACUGUUUUUCACGCUCUCACGUCACGCCUCGCAACCCGGCACGCGCCCUCCGCCGCUGGUUGACUCCAAGCUUUGCAGUAUAUGUUGUGAAAGGGCAAAAGUCCCAGCAAUCCUGUCGCAUGAUUCCCAUUACCAUGGAUGCACACCAUCAGAGCUGCAGCUGUAGUGCUCUUUGGUGCCUUGUUCAUUGUCCUUUAUGACCAAAAAGGACCGAAAAUAGCCUGUACUUCAAAUCUGUAAUCAGGAGCCUAUAAUGUGUAAACAUUGUAUACUGUCUAGUUACUCAGUCCUGACCACAAUCUGAAGUAUCUUUAGAGAAUCUUUAACCUCUGUGACCAGAACUGGCAAAGUCGUCAAAAGAGAGAAUCGCAGUGGAAAUUUUGUUUUCUUUUGAUUGGUAUUGUGGUCCAUUGGCUAAUUCCAGCACAUCUGGACUUUUGUACCCUCUUAAUGGCCUGGCACAUUCAAGUGGUGUUCUGUGCCACCGUGACAAAUGACACAAAUUGUGACAUCAUUUGGAAUUUGGUUAAAGCUAUGUCAGAGGAAUUAAGAAUAUAACAGGUAUAUGUAUUGUAUGUACAAGACUGUAGUCUUUUAUACAGCCUACCAAUAGUAACCAAAGUAUAAGGAAUAUGAAAUAAAAAGAGAAUGAGACCAAAAUGUCUCACUAUUCCAAACAUUCAUAUCAAGAUGAUCACAGUUGUUGUAAUAAUAGUUAUGCAAAAUAAUCUUAGCAACAAUGUCUUGUGUACCCAUAUUAUUUCUAGCUCUAACGCACUUUAUAAAUUCAGAACAUUCAUUUUUUGAAGUCAAUGGUUAUGACAAAGGAAUGUUUUCAUUAAAUACAUAAUUGUAAUUUCAAACUGAAUUUUAUAGCAGUGAUUUCAAGUUCCAUAACCCUUUUUAGCUGUGACUUGCUGCAGUAGUUUUGAUGUAAUGAAGAAUUUUAAUAGUAUUUUUUAAUCUCCCGUAUCUCCAUUUUUUUUCAUCUACAUUAUUCAUUUACAUUAUUUAAUUUCAAAAGGUCCUUCAGUAUCCCAUCAGGCUUUAGCUGCUUUCCUUUCAGAGGAGCAAAUUGCUAAUAUAAUAUUCUAUUUUUGUAUAUUUUAUAUUUUUAAUUAAAAACUGAAUUUGAAUCUUAUGAUAUUCCCAGAACCUACUGCUAGACCACUGUAUUUUUAUAUUAUAAAGUAUACUUAUUUGUUCUUUUUUAAAUAAUUUGAAAGUAAAAUAAUUUGCAAAUUCACAUUUAAAUGUUCUUAUACAGCCACUGAAUAUGAUGCAAUCUUCUAUAACAUAUGAUGCUAGUGCUGCAGGCAUAGUUGAAGCAGUUUACCAUGAAUUGCUGACACAAAACCAGACUGGGAUUUCCACAGUUGAUAAUGGCCUUCAGUUCAUAAUAACCCUUGGUCAGUAAAGUGUACCAGAGUUCAUUUAGAUGCAUUAUUACAUUAGCUGUAACUCACCCCUUUUGAGAGAGCAUAUGACAAAGUCACUACUGUAUUUUACCAAAACUCUUUAAAAGCUGAAGUAAUGCUGUAUUCAACUGAAGUAGAUGCCACAGGCUGAAUGCUUCAAUGGCAAACCUGCUUGCUUUUCCAUAUCACUUGUGAGGGAAAUUAUGUCACUCAACUCUAGAGGAUUUUUUGAUGAAUGGUCUUCAGGGGAAAAAAUGCAUUUUUGUAUUGGCACAUUUGGUAAAAGAUGUGCUGUUACCUCAGUCAACCCACAGCCUGUGUAAUUAAAACAUGGCUCUAACAUAUGCUUUUUAAACAAAAAACCCUUCAAUUUUUAUGUUAUCUUUUUUCCUUUUUCUGCAAGUUUUUUUUUCAUGGUCAAAUCUACAGAACGGCAGGCCCAUUAAAGUGGCCAGGCCGCCUUCUGCACGCUGUGCCCACAGAACAUGAGGAAAGACACAGCGUUCAGAGCCAUUCAGAGGGGAUUUAAUCGCCACAUGAGAAAAACAAGAGUGCUGUGUCUAACCGUGUACAAUGCGGUGGAAAUUUUAAACCUGUUAAACUCCAACCAAAUGGCUUUACACGACAGAAGGCAAGGCCCCCUCCUCCUCCUUCCGGCCCCUGUUAGAGGUCAAUUAUUCAGGAAUUUCCAAUUAAAAUGUUGUAGUUAGGUGCAUUACCACGGGUGUAAACCAAAGCUUUAUUUACUGCUGAAAAUGGCCAGUUUAAGGAGGGGAGAUUAAAGGGGAGCGGAUUUGUUUCAUUGGUUACCAAUCGUCCAGUUAAGGAAUUGUUAGAGUUGUUGGGAAAGCAUUAGAGCGUAAUCCUUGAGCUAUGCAUUUCUAAUUCUCCAGCAGUGACUGUGACAAAUAUCUCCUCCUUGAGUGUGUUCUUGCAGAGAGGAUAAGUGAUAUUCUCUAAGACAGCAUUUGUCCAAUGGUUCACUUUUUUCUGUUGCACAAA